CUAGUUAAUUGAAAUGCUAUUAACAUUGGCUACGUGUCUUAGCCAUGGCAACAGUUAAGGCCACAACAAACGCGGUUGCCCCGGGCAACGAGGCGGCCAAAUCAGCUGACGGCCUCAGUGGCUGGUAAACAAAACAAUUGAAGUCGUGUGAAAAUCCACAUCCAAAAUAGAGUUGAAACUGUUAAAGCUAUUCAAAUCAGAUCUGGAGGCCGAACCAUGUGCUAAAUGGGCCAGCUGCACUGCUUGCCACGCUGGUGCUGCUCCUGCUGCUCCUGCUCCUGCUGCUGCUGUGAGGGGACGCCGCAGCGGCCGGCGACAGCGCGCUUCAAGCUGCUGCUGCUGGGCGUCGCGGGCAGCGGCAAAACGCAGCUGGGGCAUCUGCUCAGCGGGGAGGAGCGCGACGCGAACGACAUGGCCGCCACGAAUGGCGUUCGCUGCUUUCGAGUGACGCAUCCGGAGUCGAGUCUGCUGCUGACCGAGGUGGGCGGCAGCGCGGAUAUGCAGCGCAUCUGGCAGCACUACUUUGCCACCUGCCACGCCCUCGUCUAUUGCUUCGAUCUGAGCGCCAGCUACGAGCAGCUCCUGGGCAGCUUUGAGCUGCUGCGGCGCUGCCUGCAGCAUGCCACGCUGCGCGGCAAGCCCGUGCUGCUCGUCGCCACGCGGCACAGCGACGCCGUGCAGCUGUACGACGUGGAGCAUGCCUUCGAUCUCGAGCAGCUGAGCCGCGCCUCUGGCUGCCCACUGCACAUCUGCCACAUGGCCGGCGAGGAGCUGCAGCUGGGCGUGGCCUGGCUGCGACGCCAGCUGCAGGAGCAGGCGCCAGCGCUGGAUCAGCGCAUCAAAUACGAUGUUAACAUGCAGUCGUGGGAGCGACGCAAUCGCGCUCUGCUCUCCAACGGUAAACUGGCUCAGCCGCAUCGCCAGCGCUUUCGACGUCGUCAUAGAAAGCUGUGGCCCAUCCAAAUGGCUGGUGACGUCACGCAGCCGCGUCCAUCAACGGCGCCGGCCGCCAUUUUUUCAGUGCGCCCAUGAAAUCUGCCUUCGAUGCAAUGUUCAGCAAAAUGUGCCA